UUAUAGGUUCAUUAAGAAAGUAUGUAUAUGUAGUGAGUGCACGCUGUGCGUUUACAAACACUAAAGGUUUGAAAGUUCCUUGUGUUAUUGGAAAAAUAAGGAAAAAGCAAACGACAGCAUUGCAUGUGCAGUGAUUUCUAAUAUACGAUUUGCUUGAAUUGACACGUGUGCCACCAAUACGCUGUGCUUUGACCUUCACAAGGUGGAUCGCCCUUUGUGCGCAAUUAAAAGCGUUAAAAGCGAACUAGACAACAAGGACGCCAACUAAUCGACAGCUCUCAAAACUGUGCAGAGGAGCUUUCCACAAACGCAUCGCCCUACCGUAAACGACGCAUACGCUCGCGUACGCAAACCAGUUUAAUCAUUGCUGCCCUUAGCACCGCCACCAUUUCCACCAUCAGCACCAUUGAGCACCCGGCAGCGUCCGUCUCCGUCUCCACUUCCGCCUCCACCUCUGCUGCCGCUGUAAUUCCAAACGCUGCAAUGCGUCGUUCCUCAUUUACGCCCGUCUUCAGUUUGAGCACUCAAGAGCCGCUCAUUGUUGUUGAGGAGACAAAUACCGUCGAGGAUGGUGGGGGGGCGGAAGGCGCAGCUGGUGGUGUUGAUACCACAGGUGCCACACGCAAGUCCACAAGCGACGAUUCUGAGCCCGACUCGCCCGUCAAUCCGUAUUUGUUAUGCCCAUUUCCGGACAUGCAACAGCGACGCAAACAUUCUUUGCCAUCACUGCAAAUCACCGAGGGUAUAACAGCCAGUCAGGUGCGUCGCUUGUCGGAGGUGGGCGGUGAAAAUGGUGGGCUUAGUCCGAAAGAAGUGGAGUUUCUGGCAACAUUGUCGCAGAAAGCAAAUCCCGCCGCGGGUGGCCGCCGGCAUUCGGUUGUUACAAUUUCUGCCGUACCACCGACAUUGUUCGGUCGCAAUCGACGGGAGUCGCUAACAGGCAUGCCGCUCGGCGGUGGCAGCCGACGUGGCAGUAUUAUUCAAGGACCACCACUUACUGAUCAUCGAGGCAGCAUCCAUAAUUUACAACUGGACAUCAUGGAUGGCAUUGUGCAGACACGAAAACGUGCCGGCAGUGGUGUGUGGACGGCACCAGUACUGCAGGAGACUGAGAAUAAUGUGCCGGUGCAAACAUAAAUUAUAACAACGUCCCCCUACCCCACCAAUCGGCCCACGACCAUUAUACUCAAAACUAAUAACAUCAUCGACAUCAAUGGCGGCAACAGCAACAACAAGAGCAACAAGCAAGAUGAGAAAAAUGUUAGUCAAAUUAGCAGCAACACAAUUAAGCAGAAGUGCAGCGGCAAUGGCAAAAAGCAAAAAACAGUAACGGGCAGUUUGGAGGGUACAACAGCUGAAACAACAACAUCAGCGACAACGGCAACUGGCGGUAAUGGAUCAUCAACAUCAUGGCACAGCAAUUUAGUUUCACGUUUUGGCGCAUUGCUCUGCUGGCAAUCGCUGGACUGUUGAACCGUCGACGAGACGUGGCUUGAGUGACUCCAACAGUGCAACAGCGAGAUUGUGGCGCACAUUGUGUGUGUGGCACGUAUGGUGGCUGUGCCUAUGGUCGGUUUAGAAGUCAACCGAACAGCAGUGGCCAACCGGAAAUGUCAACAGUGCACAGCGUGUGUCAACAAUACGGUCUAGCUCAAUUUGGUAGCAAAAUGUGGAAGCAAUCAUCAACAUUUCCGUAUUCCCAUAUGGUUGCGAGGCCACAUACACGAGAGUCACAAGUCCAUCGAUUUGCUAGUUAUUUGUGCAGCUACAUAUGUGUUUAAUGGCAACAACAUUGACGCUGUGCAAGGCACAAAUUUGCCAAAGAUCAGCCGAAGGGGGACGUUGGAGAGAAAAAGAAAUUACUUAAUAUUUUCAGUUGGCUCAAUUUCUAUUGUUUGCAAAGUCAAGAGUGGUGUAGAAGCAGUGCUUGAAUUAUUAUUGGAGUAUUAUCAUAUAUUCAGGGAGACUACUAAGACGCUAUAAAAAACAACGGAUGCAAGCCAGCGGAUAAUAAACAACCUCAAUACAACUGAAACUUCUCAAUGGUUUGAUAAACAACAACAAAUAAUAUACACUGAUAAUCUUAAAAACAACUAAACAACAAGAACAACAAUAACAACAAUAACAACAUGAUAAAAAGCAACUGUAGCAGACGCUACUGCGUCUCCCAAAUGCACCGGGCACCAAUUAUUUACGGAAUAAUUGAAAUCACUCAACAAGCAAUGGAAAUUACAAAUACACCGAUAAUCAAACCAAACCAAGCCGAAAAUUAACACUUUGAUGAGAUUAUAAAAAGGACAUAAUUAAUUAUUAUUAAAUCAGGAAUUGAUAAAUUAGUGGUUAAAUAUAUAUAUGUAUUUACAAUAUGUGUAUAUGUUUGUAUAUUAUCGAAGUGCACCCAGCAAAUACGCUUACUUACAUAACAUGCAUACAUACAUAUGCUAAGUGUAUGUACUCUGUAUGUGUAUGUGUGUUUAUUAAAAAAACAAAUA